UCCAGCAGUCCUGAUGAAAACUUAGUCUGUCGAUCGGCAGAGGUCAUCGAAAAAAUGACAAAAAUGAUUUGCGAUUUGAGCAAAGAAAACGAGCGACUUCGUGGAGAAUUACGUGAUAAGGCCAGUUUGUCAUCGACUCCAGAGCCGACCGGAGAAGGUUGUUUAUAUCAGAGAAGAUUUGAAGCAUUGAAGUUGUUGUUUGACGACCUAAAUGCAGAAAACAGACAAGUUAAAGACGAAAGCGUUGAUUUAAAAGUGUGUGUUAGCCGUUUACAGGAACGGAAGGCGUUUUUAGAAAAUGAAAUCAUGAGAUUGGCUGGAGUUGUGGAAGCUCAGAAAAGUGCAAUGGACUCUUUGGAACGGCGUGGGCUGAUCCACGCAACCAGAUUUACUCAACAAACUCCUGUUACCCGUGCUUCCACCUCUGCGAAUAAUGUUCGAUUCAUUAAGCCAUGCCAUCCUGAUGAUGAACUUUGGCAGUUGCAACAACAUUGA